GUGUGGACCACGUGGAGAGAACAGUCUUGGUGGGAAUGUCCUGAAAAGUUUGCUGGAACUUUGAUUUUGCAGAGAAGAAAGACGAGGAGAUCCACAACCACACAGCUCUGAGCCUUCACAACGUGCCCGAGCCCCCCUGGGCCAAAAUAUCCACCUCUGACCUCCCAAGCUCCCCAAAUCCAGCUGUGAGGACCCACCAUCCACCAGAGAACUUCCAGAACCAAGUACCCAGCUGUGAGGACCCACCAUCCACCAGAGAACUUCCAGAACCAAGUACCCAGCUGUGAGGACCCACCAUUCACCAGAGAACUUCCAGAACCAAGUACCCAGCUGUGAGGACCCACCAUAUAUCAGAGAGCUUCCAGAACCAAGUACCCAGCUGUGAGGACCCACCAUCCACCAGAGAACUUCCAGAACCAAGUACCCAGCUGUGAGGACUCACCAUAUAUCAGAGAGCUUCCAGAACCAAGAACCCAGCUCCUCAACCCAUCCCAGGCUCCCUAGGACAGCCAUGCCUUCCAGCCUGCCGAGUCCCUUCUCAGAACUUGACACCAACUUUUCCAAUGUAAGGAACUAACUAACUAACCUUGCAAUACCUGUGUAUUACUGUGCAGAGCCUUUUAUUCCAUGGGAUAAGUUGUGUGUUUGCAGAGCAUUAUGCCCCAUGCGAUAAGCUGUGUGUUUGCAGAGCAUUAUGCCCCAUGCGAUAAACUGUGUGUUUGCAGAGCAUUAUGCCCCAUGCGAUAAACUGUGUGUUUGCAGAGCAUUAUGCCCCAUGCACUGAGCUGUGUGUUUGCAGAGCAUUAUGCCCCAUGCACUGAGCUGUGUGUUUGCAGAGCAUUAUGCCCCAUGCACUGAGCUGUGUGUUUGCAGAGCAUUAUGCCCCAUGCACUGAGCUGUGUGUUUGCAGAGCAUUAUGCCCCAUGCACUGAGCUGUGUUUGCAGAGCAUUAUGCCCCAUGCACUGAGCUGUGUUUGCAGAGCAUUAUGCCCCAUGCACUGAACUGUGUUUUCAGAGCUUAUGCCCCAUGCACUGAACUAUGUGUUUUCAGAGCAUUAUGCCCCAUGCAUUAAGCUGUGUGUUUUCAGAGCAUUAUGCCCCAUGCAUUAAGCUGUGUGUUUUCAGAGCUUUUUGCCCCAUGCAUUAAGCUGUGUGUUUGCAGAGCUUUUUGCCCCAUGCAUUAAGCUGUGUGUUUGCAGAGCUUUUUGCCCAAUGCAUUAAGCUGUGUGUUUGCAGAGCUUUUUGCCCCAUGCAUUAAGCUGUGUGUUUGCAGAGCUUUUUGCCCAAUGCAUUAAGCUGUGUGUUUGCAGAGCAUUAUGCCCCAUGCGAUGAGCUGUGUGUUUGCAGAGCAUUAUGCCCCAUUCGAUGAGCUGUGUGUUUGCAGAGCAUUAUGCCCCAUGCGAUGAGCUGUGUGUUUGUAGAGCAUUAUGCCCCAUGCGAUGAGCUGUGUGUUUGCAGAGCAUUAUGCCCCAUGCGUUGAGCUGUGUGUUUGCAGAGCUUUUUGCCCCAUGCGUUGAGCUGUGUGUUUGCAGAGCUUUUUGCCCCAUACGUUGAGCUUUGUGUUUGCAGAGCUUUUUGCCCCAUGCGUUGAGCUGUGUUGUAUGUGCAGCAUUCUGCCCAAUGUAAGGAACUGUGAAUGUUCUGAUGCAGAGCAGUUUAUCUCCUGUAUAUUGCAGUGAGAGUCACAUUGUAACCCGCCCUAUGUAUUUGAAUUUUCGCUGUUAGAUAAGAUUUGAGUGUUUGCUUCUAGCAGUUAAAUAGUAACCGUGAUCUAGGUUGGAAAAAGAAAAAAACACUCAUUAACCUUUAAACAUCUCUUUUUAUCCUGUUGAUCCAAAAAAAGGUGAAACUUAUUUUGAAGCGUUGCCCAAUUGUCACAAAAAUUGAGAAAUUCCUUCAACGCCAUAAUGGGGAUCAACAACCUGUUCACAUGUUAAAGGAACACUUUAGUGUUAGGAAUACAAAGCUGAACUCCUAAGCCUGUAGUGUCCCUCCCCCUGCCGCCACAGUUACUUACCUGUUUCCAGCGCCAAGAUCCCUCAGCGCUGGUUCUGUCUCUGCUUGCUCCGAUGUCGGCAUGAUCCAAGCGCCAUGCUUGCAUUAGGCCUUCCCCAUAGGAAAGCAUUGACUCCGUGCUGUGAUAUGGGGAUUUUGAAGACGCUGGAUGAUGCACAGCGUGAGGACGUCCAGCGUUGUUUCAUGAAGUUAAACUCCGUGAAACUGCAGAAAGCGCCUCCAGUGACUGUCUGGUAGAGGGCCACUAGAGGCAGUCUUAACACUGCUUAACUCUGAAACCAUAAUGUUUUACACUGCAGAGUUAAGGGGGUAGGGACACUGCACCUAGACCACUUCAAUGAGAUGGUGUGGUCUGGAUGCCUAUAGAGUCCCUUUAAAUAUUAAAGAGUUACUCCAACCACCAUGACCACUUCUGCAUUUUGAAGUGGUCAUUGUGGCAGGAGUUUGGAUCUGCACAUCCAGAGUUAUUUACACUCUGUGCCAGGGGCAAGUUUCACCUCCAGCACACAUGACUUGGACAGCCAUAAAAUUUGUGAAAGGCUUCCUAGCGUAAAUUCUGUACACCCAGCGCUGGAUUAAGGUAAGUUAAACUUAUUUUAAAAACUUUGUAAUUUUUUUUUUCAUAUAAUUUUUAGGGGAGACCGACCGAAUAAUGUCGAUCAGACAUUAUUCUGUAGUAAACAAAAAAAGGUUUGGAGAAACUGUUUAAUAUCUUUUUUAAUCUCUUUUUUUUUUUUUUUUUUUUAAGGCUUGAUUAAUUUUGUAUUGCACCUAUCCACUUUUUCUAGUGGAAAACACAGCAUAUCAAUCAGUAUUCAUUGAUUUUAAUAGAGGUAAAAUUUUAUUUUGAUCAAUAGCCCUUUUUAAGCAAUAGCUGACUGGCAUUGCACAUUGUUGCCUGGUUUGUUGUUUUACGAAGUCAUUUUCACUUUUAAUGUUAUCCCUAUUUACCCCCAUUUCAUGUUUAAAGGGACACUCUCUAGACCCCCAAAGCAAUGUAGCUUGCUAAAUAUCUCUGUGUGAAGAGUGUUCUCUUCACAGUGUGGGCGGUGUUAGAAGGGGAGGGCUUGCAAAGGCUGCAGACAAGAUAUCUGCAGCUGUUUAGAUUGACCCCCAAUGAAAAAAUGCAUAAUGUUGUAUUUUGGGGUAUAUGUACUAAACAGUGAAUUUCUAUUUUAUAUAGUAUUUGGGUAGUGAAGUGUCCCUUUAAGUUGCUUGUGGGUUCCUUAUUCCAAAAUCCAUGAGUGCUUCUAGCAGAUAAGUGUGAGUAAUUGACUCCAGAAAUUCAGUGUGUGAUUAUUUCUAACCAUUCCUUUCAAACGUUUUUAUUCUGGAUCUUCCUCUGGUUUCAUGGAGUGUUGGACCGUUUUGUCACCUGUCUUUAAUCUUCCCAAUUAUUCUCUCUCGUAGGAAUGUCUUUCCCUGCGGCCAGAUGUAAACAUAAAUCUGAACCCAUGUAUGAGGGAGAAUCAUAACUUCUUCUCCUGUCCCACCAACCUUAACAAGAAUAAGACCACUUACGAGCAGCUGACUGACUUUCCACUUUGGUCACUGGAAAACCAGAACAUCGAGAUACUUCCUGCAAAUUCCCUGCGACUGAUCCCAUUUCAGGCUGAGCGUUCUGUUAGUAUGAUUGAGGAUAGCACAAAACAGCCAGGAGCCUCCAGACCACUGUCCUCUCGCUAUAAGACCGAACUCUGCCGUACCUUUCAUGAGAGCGGAUCCUGUAAAUAUGGGUCCAAAUGCCAGUUUGCGCAUGGGACAAGUGAGCUUCGUGGCCUUAAUCGGCAUCCCAAAUACAAGACGGAGCUGUGCCGAACGUAUCAUACCAUUGGCUUCUGUCCUUAUGGAUCCCGUUGUCACUUCAUUCACAAUGCUGAUGAGCAGAGGUUCUGUGAUGGAAAUAGAAGACCGGGUCCUCCUGCUUUGAGACAGAGUUUGAGCUGUUCUGGAAUCCCUUCUUCCUCCUGUUCCUCAAACUCCCUAUUCUCCUCUGUUUCUUCCUUGUCCUCCUUCUCUCCCUCCACCCCAACUCAGAACUUUACAUCUAGUCCUUUUUGCUCUUCUUCUCCCAUUACACUGAGCCUAUCCUCCAUUCUUCAAUCCAUAACCCCAACAUACUCCACUUUACAAAGCGUGGAAAGUGAUGGUAUAGUCCUUCAUCUUACCCCUAGCCCAACAGAGGACCCAGGGCUUACGGAAACCUGGAGCUGCUUAUCCAAAGAAGAGAAUGAUGACCGAAGGAAAAAGGAUGGUGAUUCCACCAGUGUCACCUCCCAAGAAGCCAAACGUCUUCCAAUUUUCAGUAAACUGUCAGAUUAAAGAAGGUUUAGAGAUCUCUCUUCCAUGUCCAGACAUGGCCAGGUGACUUCUUGUUGUCAUCCCAAUACAGCAGAAUGAAGGCUGAUAUGGACAUGUGGGAAGGUCAUGUCAUGUGUAGAUCUGGCUGGACUAUCUUAGUGAUAUGUCUAAACUGUAUGUUUGGCUCUGCAUAUAAGAUGGGCUCGGCAACUAACAUCCAAAGAGUUUCUCUCUAGGCAGGGGCUAGGGGCCGUCCUGUAUUAAACGUACCGUCAGAGGAAAAUACUAUCCAAUGUUGUUAUACAGGUCUUGAGUAUUUAACUACUUAAGAAAAGUUUAGUAUCACAAGAAUCCGAAGUGCUUCUCCUUGGGAUUUUUGGGAUCUAACUAAGAUGAUGUAAUUUGCAGUCCUGCUUUUAUUGAAUCUCUUAUAGGGUGUCAAUUUUUUAUUUUAUUUUAACUGGGGCAGUUAUCCCACCAAUCUUGUACCUGUCUUAAUAGUAAUCCACUAGAAAUGUGAAGGCUACUGUGUGAAAUCGGUCAGAAGUCUAUGCUUCAAAGCCAAAAUAAGGACUCUGCGACGUUGCUUCUUCAGUGAACGGUGCCCUUUGUUGGAGGAAGCGGCUUUGCAGAGUCUUUAUAUCUGCUUUACUGGUGAACCAGUUGCUCUAACUAAAAACAUUAAUUGUUUAACAAAUGAUAGCAAUGAAAUUAACAUGAGUUAGUUUACAUUAGCUGCCGAAAGCACAGAGGGUGCAAUCCGUGAGACGAGUACUCUGUAAUAUAAAAUGCCAAAUACAUGUUGUACAAACAGGCAAUAUAACGGGAGCAUGGCUGAAAUAUGGGCAAGUCCUACAACUCCAAUUCCCAAACCUUUUAUAGCAUUAGCAUUUUGAGCCACCAAGGUACAAGGUUAAAGGGGCAAUCCAGACCAUUAGAGGACUUAAGCUUGCUGAAAUGCUAUGUGUCCUAUUUUUUGUUUUUGUUUUUUAAAUUUAUUUACAAAAAGUGUCCUUUUAGGAAUAUGUCCUCUUUUAAAAUUUUUAUUUUACAAAGAGUUGCGAUUUCAAUUGAAAUUGUCACGUUUAUAAAUUAACCUUGUUACAUACCCCUGACUUUCAGACAGCCGGUGUUCUAUUAAAAAAAAAAACCCUAACUAGUGAAAAUUCCUAACCCCGCACCGGAAGUGAGCCAUAUUAGCAGUAGAUCGGCUUACCUGUGAUGGGGCGCCUGCACCCCACCAGGAGGGACUAGGUGAUUCACCAGGUGAACGCGUUUUAGUGCAGUUAUAUGUAUGCAUGCGUCAGCAUCGGUUGCUUUGCGCGCAGUGAAGGGUAGGGUAUUUUGAUGGCGCUACCACAGUACCAACUAAUGCUGGUGCAUGUGUACUUGCACCGUAAAAAUACCCUACCCCACUAUUGGGCAUGCGCAUUCCUGAUGUCAUGGUGGCAUGCCCCCUGCAUGCGCAGUCGCUGAACACAGGAUUCAGCGCAUCGGGAGAUUCCCUUAUCCCCUCCUGGUGGGGUGCAGGUGCCCCACAAAGGUAAGCCCACCUACAGUUGAUUUGGCUCACUUUACGGUCCUGUUACUUCCUGGUUUGUUUAGCUCGGUAGAGCUAAACUCAAGAGGCAGCAAUUGCUCAGAGCACCUGCCUUGCAAGGACUUCUCAUUGAGCUGCAUUGGGAAGUCUGUGAUUGUACAGCCACAGACAGUCUGGGCGGGGUUAGAAGGGGAGAGGGCUUGCAAAGGCUGCAGACUAGAGAUCUACAGCUAUUACAAGCUGUUUUUACAUAUAGCCCCAAUGAAACAAAACAUAAUUAAAUUCAUAUAUGGUUUUAUUUGGGAUACAUUGACUAAAUAAAUUAUAAAAAUAAUUUAUUUUCCAUUGGGUCAUUACUUGAAUAUGUGCCACAUUCAUUAAAGAGAAAAGUAAUUGGAAACCACUGUACACCUAUAUUUCUCAUGAUUCUGUAUUGCAUCACUGGAAGUGGCUUUCGACCACUACACUUGGCCUUUUUUAAAGGGUUGUAGCUGGUUUUUAGUUUUAAGAUUUUAUUUUUUUUUAUUUUUUUUAUUUCAGAUUCACUUUUUAAUGCCUAACAAUUUACACAUUCACUGAAUAUCCUAAUCUGUGUUUUUGUAAUUGUCUUUUCUUUCUAAUUUGUACUUUAUUGUGAUUUUAUUUUUUUACUUUUUCAAAUUGUGAGGUACAGAAAAGGGGGGGGAAGGGGGACUUGGUAAACGUUUCAACGUCCAGCAUGUGAAGGAUUUGCAAUGUAUUCACAGUAAGUGCUAAGUGUCUCUCCUCGUUAACCUCUCUAUUCCCCUCCCUGUGUUUUUAUUUGCAAUUCUCUCUUCGUGCAACAUUUGGGGUCCAUCCGACACUGUAUACUGUCUGCCGUCCACAGCUCGGUGGCUUUAAAAUGGAUAUUUAUAUAUUUAUAAAACUCUGCAAAGAGUUCGACAGGAGUUCCCUUGUCUGUGCCAUUUUAUUUAUUAUCACUGGUAUCGAAUCGUCUCUUUUUAUAUUUCUAACUUAUCUUAUGUGUUUUGUUUAGUUAAUGUUUGUUUUUUAUUUGUAAUGCUGUGUUUUAUUGCGUGCUUUAAAUUAUUUGCUUUACAU